UUCCAGCUCCAGUAGGAAAUCCACCCAUUCAAAAUCCUGCUGAAAACCCAGCACCAGCUUCAGAGGGCGAUCUCAUUUCGUUCGAUGAAAACCAACCGAUGCACCAGCCGAGAGAGGCGACCACGCCAGCACCCGACCUUUUAACCGAUGAUAUUCCAGAUAUAAAAGCGGGGCCAAGUUCUAAAAUUCAAGGAGAACAAAAAAAGAAAUCAAUUUUAACGAUAGAUGAAUUAAUAAAAUGGGUAUCAAAACCGGAAAUAAAAAAUAAUAAAAAAAUUAGAUUAAAGCCUAUACCUAAAACUGACGAAGAAUGGUUUGAUUUAAUGGAGUCAGACGAUGAUGAUGAAGAUAGUGAAUCCAAUGAUUCAGAAUAUGAUACAGCUGAUGAAGAUCCUGAUAUCUAUUUCGAAAAAAUUAUAGAUCCAUAUAUUAAUAGAAAAUCAGAAGCAGAAAAUUUUAACGAAGGUGAGGUUUGUGAUUACUAUGCAUUUGUACCCAAAGGAUAUUAUGCUGAAGGUGAACCAUUAGCUUUCUUUGAAUCAAUCGAAGGAAAGAUUUCCAAUGUUUACAAAAAAGAGUUAGCUUUAAAGGGUGGAUUAAAGGUGAGAAUUGUAUUAAUAGCAUAUAUGAAGAAAAUUACGCCAGAAUCUCAAGAGCCAUUAUUUAAGUCAAUUCCAUUCAAACAUAAUACAAUAGAAAUUAUAAGAGAAGAUCGAAUUAAUGCAAGUAUAGAAAAAGGAUAUAAUGAAAUUAUAGAUGAAAUAGAAGAUGAGGCGUUACAAGAAUCUGGAUGGUCAUUCGUCCGAGCAGAAGAGGUAUUUCUUGAAAUAAGCGCAUUCAGACCAUUGCGUGGGAGUAGUUAUUUACCUCUUCAUGAAACAUUAAAUAAACCUCAGCUCGGCUUAAUUAAUCCACAAAAUUUCAAUGACAAUGAAUGCUUUAGAGAUUGUGUUUCAAUACAUCACGCAAGAAUAGAUGCAUUAAAUACAGGACAAAAACCUACACAUCUUGAACGUAUAAGUAAGAUUAGACGUUAUGGUAAUAUAGCCAAUUUUAGUGGUAUAAAUUUUCCAGCAACGCUUCAUGACAUUGAUAAAUUCGAGGAAAAUAACCCAAACUAUGCUAUUAAUAUAUUUAGACCAGUUUAUAAAGAAGCUUUCGGAAAAAUAAUAGUAGAUAUAGACCCAUUACAUAUUUCAGAACGAAAUUACCAAGUCGACAAUAUGAUAGAUUUAUUAUAUUUAACAGAAGGUGAAGAGAAUUUAAAUGACCGAAAAAACAAAAAUGAUAUACCAGAAGGACUUAAAACACAUUAUGUCCUUAUAACAGAUUUUACACGAUUGAUGC